AUGCAGUCCUCAAAGAUUAAAAAGCCAGCCGACCUUCCCCCCUCUUAUUCAGCCACCGCAGACAGGAUCUCACCUGCACUACAUACGAAUGCAGUCAUCGAAGCCGGCCAUUUCCGUGCUCGGGAUGAGCAGGAGAUGCAGUUUCUGCUACAGAAUGUCCAGCAACUAUCUCGCAUCUACAAUCCGGAAAUCGAACCGGAACACGACACAGACUACUAUUGCAACUGCCAUAUCCACCGGUAUAUUGGCAGAAAGAUAAACCGCCUUAAUGUUCUGGAGAUGUGGUCAAGGGCUGUUAUGUAUCCAGGCGAAAAGUUCUAUCAUGACUGCUACCAAGUGAGCUGGUUCACAAACAAUCCGUACUCAACCUUCGUCGUUUCUCCCUAUGGAUUUAAUGGCGCGAGUCUAUAUGGGUCCCAAAUGCCCAGUGCGCGCUACCAUGCGGUCUCAAUUCGGCAGACAAUAAGUUUGAAUGAGUCCCUGAAUGCCAAGGCCCAGGCUGCUGUUCACGCCCAGGAACCGUCAUUUAACAUUUGGGAGACUAAUUCACUUGAAUCUUCGAUGUCGAGCAUGUCUAUCGCUGAUCCGGCUUCUAAUUCAUCUGGCCAGCCCUCGACGCGAUCCAAGCUUUCCGGGCUCAAGCGGGCAUUUUCAAUCAAAUCAUCCAAGGACAAGGCAGCUAUAAAAGCUAGUAAAUGGAUCGAGCUACGCCCCGCCAUACUUUAUGAAGAGCGUGGAAGAUGGCCCGACGAGGCGACACGGAAGAUUGUGAGUAUAUACCAGGAGGAGAUGGGGAUGACUGAGAAAAUAUCUGAACUUCGAACUCGCUACCCUCUUCAAUACCUGCAUUUACUUCGAGCCGGAUACUUCGAACCUAUCCCUGUAUCUUGGGCAAACUUGGCUUCCAAUCCACUCAAAUUCUCGAUUGACGCCGCUGCGGGGUGGAGAGGAAUUACACCAGCGUGGAGAGGAUACGAAGACACUGCCGAAGAACGCCUCUAUUGGGUCUUGAAUCAUAGGGCAGGGAGUACCGGGGCUCGCCUGAAGCCAGAUAUGAUAUCUGCUUUGGAUAGGGCGCGGGCUCGAAUGGCGUCUGCAGUGGAACCGCCUCCUGCAUACUUUGCUGUCGAUGAUGUCUGUCACGUUCAGCAUACAUCCAAGGGCUAUUCACAUCAAGUUAUGCCUCCCGCUUUCAGACCAUUUGACGGCGUUGAGACUCCUUUGGACGAUACGAUGAUUUUGUUAGACGUUUCCGGCUCCAUGGAUUUCGAGCCUGUGCGACCAAAUUAUAACCAGUACCUUAUCACUGGGUACUCGAAAUCGACCCAACCAAGGAAUAAAGGCUAG